GUUCUUUUUUUGGCUUUGUGAUCACAUUUAUGUGUAUGGCUUUCUUGUGUAUGAACACGUAGACACCUCAACUCGUCUUCAAUCUGUCAGUUAAACGCUCCAAUUUACAAAAUGAUUAGACACCUUCCACAUAUAUGUGUCGCGUCAGGGUGUUCAAAAUGACACUCUGGGGACGAGUUGGAGUGUUUAGCUAUCAGUUGAGACGAAGAGUCAAAAUGUGUGCACUCUUACUUGCCCCAGUUGAGGUCAAGUUAAAGUGUCUGUUUAUGUAUUAUGCCCGACAUCAUUUCAAUGUUUGAUCAUCUGUCUGUUUGUUGUAUAGAAUUUUUUCUUUAUCCGCGGAUGUUUCACUUGAUUCACCUGGAUCAAUUUUAGAAAGAAUUCAUAUCGACGAUACUAGUAGUGGUGUCCAAAGUAGAGAAAGAAGCUUCUUAGCUUACCAAUCCAAUUCACUCGACAAGGUCUCGAGUCCAGUUAGAAGAGAAGUAGCCAACAGACCUUUUUUCAUGAUGGCUGUAAAACGAAUUGACAACGAUGUUGAAAAUGGAAAGUUGGAGAUCAAAGAGAAGUCGAAACGUAACAAUAUGAUUGUCACAGUACAGAACAAAGCGUUGCUAUCAGGAAUUGCAUACUGUAUAUCUUCAUGUAGCAUGAUAUUAGUUAACAAAUACGUCCUUUCGAGCUAUAAUUUCAAUGCAGGGAUAUCAUUGAUGCUCUAUCAGAAUUUCGUCUCUGUUGUUGUGGUUUCUAUAUUGAGCUUCUCUGGUGUAAUUUCCACGGAACCACUCACGUUGAGGCUGAUCAAAGUCUGGUUGCCUGUUAAUGUUAUAUUUGUCGGAAUGCUUAUCAGUAGUAUGUUCAGUUUGAAGUACCUAAACGUUGCUAUGGUUACUGUUCUGAAGAAUGUUACUAAUGUGAUUACUGCUGUUGGUGAAAUGUAUAUAUUCAACAAACACCAUGAUAGUCGAGUGUGGACCGCUCUUAUACUGAUGAUUGUUUCAGCAGUCUCUGGAGGAAUUACAGACCUAUCUUUUCAUGCUACUGGUUAUACAUGGCAGAUAAUCAAUUGUUUCUUGACAGCAUCAUACUCUUUGACUCUACGUAGAAUCAUGGACACCGCUAAGCAAGUAACAAAAUCAGGAAACCUGGACGAAUUCUCAAUGGUUCUGCUUAACAAUACCCUUUCAUUGCCUUUAGGCCUUCUCCUCGUACUAUUGUUCAAUGAAGUUGAUUACCUCUCCACGACACCACUAUUACAAUUGCCAACAUUUUGGAUUGUGAUAACAUUAAGUGGAUUUUUGGGCUUAACUAUUAGCUUCACAUCUAUGUGGUUUCUUCAUCAAACAAGUGCAACUACAUAUAGCCUUGUGGGAUCACUAAAUAAGAUCCCUCUCUCUGUUGCUGGUAUUUUCCUUUUCAAUGUCCCAACUAGUCUUGACAACACUGCAAGUAUAUUUUUUGGCCUCUUGGCUGGAGUAUUUUUCGCCCAAGCAAAAAUGCAGGAGAAAUCUCAAUCCUAAUACAACAACAUAUUCAGUGUAAUUUCACAAGUGGUCGAAUCUGAAGAGAAUGAUGUAUACACAGUCUUAAUCCUCUAUCUUGAAAAGAUAGUGAGAUUGUUUCCGAUUAGAAAUCUCUAAUCCUAAAUUGUUGAAAACCUUUUCUUCUUUGCUUCAUAGAUUAAGCUUUUGAGUUGAAUUGUAAAACAUGUAUAGUCAUAAACAUAGUGAUUCUCUAUACAUUGAACACUAUUAUAUUGAAGAGUUUAAAAAUAUAUAUUUUUUUUUACCUAAAGUAUUUCGAUUUCUUGAGUUUCAUACCUGAAUAAUUAUGUGCAUGAAUUUCCU